CACCAUCGCAUGAACGAGGCGACCGACAUCAACAAACUCUGCGCUUCAGUCCCGGAUGACUUGGCGAAACUCAUUCAGGAAUAUCCUGAGAUUUUCCCCGACGACUUGCCAAGUGGACUGCCACCCGAACGACCCCAGGACCACAAAAUCAAACUGGAGCCCGGCGCGCAGCCUACUGUACGCACGCAAUGGCGCCUGACUCAGCCGGAGCUACAGGAGUUACGAAACCAGCUGGACUACCUGCUGGCGAAAGGGUUCAUUCGGCCAAGCACGUCACCGUUCGCAGCACCGAUCCUGUUCACGCCAAAAAAGGACGGCGGACUUCGCAUGUGUACGGACUAUCGCGCCCUUAAUCGGGUAACGAUAAAGUCGCGCUACCCAAUACCACGCACGGACGAACUGAUCGACAACCUUCGCGGAGCUCGCUAUUUUUCGAAGAUAGAUCUUCGCGGCGGUUACCAUCAAAUUCGGGUGUUCGCUGACGACUGCCACAAGACCGCGUUUCGUACUCGCUACGGGUGUUACAAAUACACGGUGAUGCCGUUUGGAUUAACGAACGCCCCCUCGACGUUUCAAUUCACAAUGAAUGGGGUAUUCCACGAUCUAAUCGACAAAUGGGUGAUAAUUUACAUGGACGACAUCUUGAUUUACAGCAAGACCCGGGAGCAACAUUUGGAGGAUUUGGAAGCGGUUUUUCAGCGGUUGCAGCAGCAUCGUCUCAUCACCAAGGGCUCCAAGUGCGAGUUUUUAGAACAAGAACUGGAGUUCCUGGGGCAUGUGAUCUCCACGGAGGGGAUCCGGAUAGAUUCGAAAAAACUCUGGGCUAUUCAGGAAUGGAAACCACCAACCAAUCUGCAGCAACUGCAAUCCUUUUUGGGUUUCGUGAAUUACGUACGGAGGUUUAUACCCAACAUGGCGGGGUUAACUGGACCUCUAACCGACCUACUGCAAAAGGGAACUUUUUACGAGUGGGGGGAGAAGCAGCAAGCUGCGUUCGAGGCAUUAAAACAUCUUUUAAUGUCACCACCGGUACUUCGCAUCGCUGACCCGGAACGGCCUUUGAAGUCAUCACCGACGCAAGCGACAUCGCCAUCGGAGCAGUGCUCAUGCAGGAUUUCGGCAAUGGGCUUCAACCAAUUGCGUACGAGUCUUGGAAAAUGCAAUCUGCUGAGCGCAACUACCCAGUACACGACAAGGAGAUGUUGGCGAUCGUCCACGCGUUCAAAAUCUGGAGGUGCUACCUGACUGGAGCAGACGUGACAGUGCGAAC